GAGGAAAGGGGGAGGAGCCUGGUGGCGGCGGCCCCUCCCUCUGGCAGACAGCUUAUGAGCCUGCACCUUCUGGUCUCCGGCCGUUCUUCCUGAGGAUUGUGCAGCGUGAUUGCGGCUCGUUGUGAGGAGGUGGCGGGCGGCUUGCAGUGAGCGUCGUCCUGGCCUGGGGACAGUCAUGGCGGAUUACUUGAUCAGCGGUGGUACUGGCUAUGUUCCAGAAGAUGGUCUUACUGCUCAACAGCUUUUUGCUAAUUCUGAUGGACUAACAUACAAAUCAAAAUAAAUAAGUGUAAGUCUGUCACGGUUGGCUGCAUGUUAUGCCGAUAAUGGAGCGGGACAGUAGCACCAGCAGUGAGGUUACACCACCAGUUUGGUUACAAAAGAAUUCAGAAUGUGACUUUUUGAUUCUUCCUGGAUUUAUUGAUUUUACUGCAGAUGAAGUGGACCUUACUUCUGCAUUGACGCGUAAGAUAACGUUGAAGACUCCUUUGAUUUCCUCUCCUAUGGACACAGUAACUGAAUCUGAUAUGGCCAUUGCCAUGGCGCUAAUGGGAGGGAUCGGGAUUAUUCACCACAACUGCACACCAGAGUUUCAAGCCAAUGAAGUCCGUAAAGUCAAGAAAUUUGAGCAAGGAUUUAUUACUGACCCUGUCGUCAUGAGUCCCAACCACACUGUGGGAGAUGUGUUUGAAGCUAAAACUAGACAUGGAUUUUCAGGGAUCCCAGUGACCGAAACUGGAAAAAUGGGCAGCAAACUAGUGGGGAUUGUGACUUCAAGAGACAUAGAUUUUCUGACAGAAAAGGACUACACUACCUACUUAAGGGAGGUGAUGACCAAACGUGACGAACUGGUUGUCGCUCCAGCUGGUGUCACCCUGAAAGAAGCAAAUGAAAUCUUGCAGCGCAGUAAAAAAGGAAAACUGCCAAUAGUGAAUGACAGCGAUGAGCUUGUCGCUAUAAUAGCCCGAACUGAUCUGAAGAAGAACCGAGAUUACCCUCUUGCAUCGAAGGACUGCAGAAAGCAGCUGCUGUGCGGUGCUGCUGUUGGGACCAGAGAAGAUGACAAAUACCGUCUUGAUCUUCUCAUGCAGGCUGGAGUUGAUGUUGUUGUCCUGGAUUCAUCACAGGGUAAUUCCGUGUAUCAGAUAAAUAUGAUUCAUUAUAUCAAACAAAAAUAUCCUGAUCUACAAGUGGUUGGUGGAAAUGUGGUGACUGCAGCACAAGCAAAGAAUCUCAUAGAUGCCGGUGUUGAUGCUCUGCGCGUCGGUAUGGGGUGUGGAUCCAUCUGUAUUACCCAGGAAGUUAUGGCCUGUGGAAGACCCCAGGGAACCGCAGUUUACAAAGUUGCAGAGUACGCCCGCAGAUUUGGCGUUCCAGUUAUGGCAGAUGGUGGAAUUCAGACAGUGGGACAUGUUGUGAAAGCUUUGGCUCUUGGUGCUUCUACAGUGAUGAUGGGCUCCUUGUUGGCUGCAACCACAGAAGCGCCUGGUGAAUAUUUCUUUUCUGACGGUGUGAGACUAAAGAAAUACAGAGGAAUGGGGUCACUGGAUGCCAUGGAGAAAAAUACUAGUAGCCAGAAAAGAUAUUUCAGUGAAGGGGACAAAGUGAAAGUGGCUCAAGGUGUGUCUGGUUCUAUUCAGGACAAAGGGUCCAUCCAUAAAUUUGCACCAUACUUGAUUGCAGGCAUUCAACAUGGCUGUCAAGACAUAGGGGCCAAAAGUCUUUCCAUUUUACGGUCCAUGAUGUAUUCAGGAGAACUGAAACUGGAAAAGAGAACAAUGUCGGCCCAAGUCGAGGGUGGUGUCCAUGGUCUCCAUUCUUACGAGAAGCGGCUAUACUGAAACUGGGAGACGUAGCCAUCGGCAGUCUAUUCCAAAUGUCCCAACUCUGGUCCCAACUGAACCUACGUGAUGUGUUGAAGAGUCCCUCCUCUGUUUUCCCCAAGCACUUCGCCUUUUCCCUUCUCCCUAUAAUGCAGGAAAUCCAACUCGGCAAUGUUUACCUACUCACUGCGUGGCAUGGUAUUUGCACUAAGGACACCGUUCUGUGGGUGCGCCGGAGAGACUAUUUAAAGAAUGGAACACCAAACUACUGCCAUGCUGUCGUACUAGCUGUUUCUUCUCCUAGAUUAGCAAUGCUAAUAGUCUUGUUACAUUCGCAGCACCUGCUCAUUCUUUUCUUUCUAUAAAGCCCCUUUGUAAAGGCCGUGAACUAUACAGUGCUAUGGAAGGUUGCAAUAAAGGAGCACACAAUCUGCCACUUUUUGGACACUCCUAAUAAUGUGAAGUAUUGGAAGUGAUACAGUAGAAUAAUGCUGACAAUCUGCUGUAUCUCCAUUUAUUUGCAUCCCAUGUUCUGACUUCAGAAUAAAAGUAAUCUAUCAGUUUGCAAUAUAGUACAGCAGAGAUAGAAGAGCGUACCAUAGUAUGCACCAGUGGUUGUGAAAUAUUUAUUAAAGGGUUAUUCCAACCAUAUCCAUUAGCCAUGCCAUAAAUGUCUGAAAGCUGCAGGUCCCACCUCGGGGACCUGCAUGUAUCUCCAAAAUGAGUUUUUCCCGUCCUUCCUGUUGAGGCAGAGAUUAAAUGCCUCACUAGGUAGGUCAGGGUAUUGCCCCAUUCGGCAGAGAAGUGUAGGACAUUUAUGGCAUAUUUAUUGAGUCCAAGGUGGGAAUACCCCUUUGAGCACCCAUGAUUGGUUUUAUGUUUGUUUAGCCAUUCAUUAUUGUGGAGUUGUGCAGCAGGGACUGUACACGCAUCAGCUGUAAGUUUCACGUUCUACUUCCUUGGUCACUUUGCUCAUUACUGGAAGCUGUUUUAAAUGAAUGUUACAGGUUAGAGAUGAACUAUUCUAAGGAAGACCUUUUAAGAAAGAAUUUUCAUACCUAUUUUGUAUUUUUUUUGUUGCAAUUCCUUACAUCUAGUGAAUUGUGAGCAAUAUAUCUAUUAUAUAUUUAUUACCAUGUCUUUAAGCUGAUGAACAUCAAGCAAUAAAUCUGAGCUUCGCCUGCCA